CUGUGCAGUGAGCGGGUGUCCUCCAUCACCAUGCUCUGUCCUCUGCUGCUCGGUCUGCUGCUCUCCGCUCUGCUCUUCCUCUACAUCCGUUUCCCGUUCCUCCCUCAGGACUGUGCUUUCGCGCUCCGGACGCUGAACCUCGGUCGGCUGCUGGCCCGGUUCGGCUCCAGAACUCCGUGUUUCACCACACUCGAACGGUUCGCGGAAGCCGCGAGGAAACACCCGGACAAACUCUUCAUCGUGUUCGGGGACGAGCGCUACUCAUACCGAGAUGCAGACCGGAUCAGCAACCGGCUCGCGAACGCGCUGCGAGACCGCUCGGGUCAGAUCGUCGCGCUUUUCCACGGGAACGCGCCCAUGUACGUGUUCACGUGGCUCGCGCUCGCGAAACUGGGCUGCACGGUCGCGCUCCUGAACACCAACAUCCGGAGCAGAUCAUUGGUGCACUGCUGCGAGUGUAGUGGCGCCAAAACCCUCAUCACUGCUGCAGAGCUGGUGCCGGCGGUGCUGGAGGUUCUGCCGUCUCUUCGUCAGCAGCAGGUGUCGGUCCUCAUGCUGUCAGGAGAGGCGGAGACACAAGGCAUCAUCAAUCUGACCAAUCAGGUGAGCCGUGCAUCUGACGAGGCUCCGCCCAUCAGCCUGAGACAGCACAUCACCAUGAAGAGCCCCGCCCUCUACAUCUACACCUCCGGCACCACAGGUCUCCCCAAAGCUGCAGUGGUCACCCAUGAGAAGGUUUGGAUGAUGUCGUUCCUGCAGAGACUGUCUGGCGUUUGCUCCAGCGACAUCGUCUACAUCUGUCUGCCUCUGUACCACAGCGCAGGCUUCCUCGCCGGACUCAGCGGAGCCAUCGAGCGCGGGAUCACCGUAGUACUGAAGAGCAAAUUUUCAGCGUCGCGGUUCUGGGACGACUGUCGCGAGCACAAUGUGACGGUCAUCCAGUACAUCGGAGAGGUGAUGCGCUACCUGUGCAACACACCUGAGAGAGAGAAUGACCGCCAGCACAGCGUCCGUCUGGCCUUAGGGAACGGCAUCCGAGCGGAAACAUGGCGAGAGUUCCUGCGGCGCUUCGGGGACGUGCACGUCUGCGAGUGCUACGGGGCCACGGAGGGAAACAUCGGAUUCUUCAACUACACCGGGAAAAUCGGCUCCAUCGGGAGAGUGUCUGCCAUCCAUAAGAUGCUCUUUCCCUAUGCUUUCCUCAAGUUUGAUCCAGAGAAGGAGGAGCCGGUGCGAGGCUCUGAUGGACUGUGUGUUGAAGCGGCUCCAGGUGAGACUGGGCUGCUGGUGGCGAAGAUCCACAAAUUAGCUCCAUUCGAAGGCUAUGCUAAAAACUCCACGCAGACAGAGAAGAAGAGGCUGAGGGACGUCUUCCAGAAAGGAGAUAUGUACUUCAACACCGGAGAUCUGAUUCUAGCCGACCGCGAGGGAUUCCUGUACUUUCAGGAUCGCAUCGGGGACACGUUUCGGUGGAAAGGCGAGAACGUGGCCACCACUGAGGUGUCGGAGAUCCUGGUUAUGCUGGAUUUCAUUGAGGCUGCAAACGUGUACGGCGUUACAGUUCCAGGUCAUGAGGGUCGUGUGGGGAUGGCGGCGCUGCAGCUGACAGACGGGAUGGAGUUUGAUGGUUCUGCUGCUUAUGAACACAUGAAGAACCUCCUGCCGGCGUACGCCAGGCCGCGCUUCAUCAGGAUACAGGAGGAGCUCCGCAUGACGGGAACCUUCAAACAGGUGAAGGUGCAGCUGGUACAGGAGGGCUUCGACCCGAACUCCACCCGCGACCGGCUCUACAUCAUGGAGGAGAACCAGCAGACGUUUGUGCCGCUGACGGAGGAGAUCUUCAGCGCCAUCGCUGCAGGACGCACCAGACUCUGACACACACACACACACACACACGAGCCCGCGGUGUGCGCUUUAUUAUCAUCAUCAGCUCACAUUAUUCAACAAGACGAGUGAGAAAACCUGAAGCUGAUAUGAGCUCCACUGACAGGCUGAGCGAGUAUUGUGUAGAGGAUCGAGCCGUACACCAACACUGAGUUAUUCACACCGUAUUUAAUCACUGAAGCAGGAUUAUACAUGUGGGAAACAGUUUUAACAUGACAGAUUGAUAUGAAUGUUUGUAUGAAAUGAGGCUGUGCAGGAACUCAAACCUGAUCCUCAUAUUAGAGGAGGAAGAGGAGCGGGGGAAGAGGAGCGGGGGACAUCUCUGUCUGCUUCAUUACUGCUGUAUGUGUGUUAUAAACAUCACAGGAAUCAGCUGUCUAUUUAGAUCUAGAAGCAUUUCUACCAACAGACUGAUGUACAGGGGUUUAUCAUCAGUCGUUUAACAGCAGGUUAGACAUUCACUGUUCUCUGUUGAUUCACACAAAUAAAUAAAACAUUUUGUAUUAA